AAAAACAACAGUGUCUUGAUGGGAAAGGAGGAGCGAUGGGAAAGACUGGAGUAUCUCAGGCCCUCUCAGUGGAUGGGUGUUGUGGGAGAGAGGAGGCUGGGAGAGAGGAGGCUGGGAGACAGGUCUCCCUCUGGAGUUCAGAGCUGAGUUGCUAUCCAAAUCAGUGGUCCCUGGAAUCUAUAAAACAAAACUGAGGACUUCAGAUGUGCAUCCAGAGGAGCCACACUCCAAAAAGACCACUUCCAGACGCCAUGCGGCAAACCCUGCUGCUGCUGCUGCUGCUGACGGUGCUGCGCCCCAGCUGGGCAGAUCUUCUCCAGAAGGUCCCGCUCUUCCGGGUCACUCAGCAGGGUCCCUGGGGGAGCAGUGGCAGCAACGCCACCGACUCGCCCUGCGAGGGGCUGCCCGCCGCGGGUGCGACGGCCUUGACCCUGGCGAACCGCAACCUGGAGCGCCUGCCCGGCUGCCUACCGCGCACACUGCGCAGCCUCAACGCCAGCCACAACCUACUGCGCGCACUGACCGCAUCCGAACUCGGCCACCUGGAGCAGCUGCAGGUGCUGACCCUGAGCCACAACCGCAUCGCCGAGCUGCGCUGGGGCCCGGGCGGGCCGGCGGGGCUGCACACCCUGGACCUCAACUACAACCAGCUGGCCGCUGUGCCGCCGUGUGCCGGUUCCGCACUGAGCAGCCUCCGCGCCCUGGCGCUCGCCGGGAAUCCGCUGCAGGCGCUACAGCCCCGGGCCUUCGCCUGCUUCCCCGCGCUGCAGCUCCUCAACCUCUCCUGCACCGCGCUAGGUCGCGACGCACAGGGGGGCAUCGCCGAGGCGGCGUUCGUUGGAGAGGAUGGCGCGCCCCUGGCCACGCUCGAAGUCCUAGAUCUCAGCGGCACGUUCCUCGAGCGGGUUGAGUCAGGGUGGAUCAGAGACCUGCCCAAGCUCACAUCCCUCUACCUGAGGAAGAUGCCUUGGCUGACGACCCUGGAGGGGGACAUUUUCAAGAUGACUCCCAACCUGCAGCAGCUGGACUGUCAGGACUCCCCAGCACUUGCUUCUGUCGCCACGCACAUCUUUCAAGACACUCCACAUCUACAGGUCCUUCUGUUCCAGAACUGCAACUUGAGUUCCUUCCCUCCUUGGACCCUGGAUUCCUCCCAGGUCCUAUCGAUCAACCUCUUUGGCAACCCCCUCACUUGUAGCUGUGACUUGUCUUGGCUCCUCAUGGAUGCAAAGAGAACUGUCCUAAGCAGGGCAGCAGACACUGUGUGCGCACCAGCUGCGGGAUCCAGCGGCCCCUUCUCAGCCUCCCUGUCACUCUCCCAGCUGCCUGGAGUGUGCCAGUCCCACCAAAGCACUACUCUCCGAGCUUCACACCCACCCGGCUUCAACCACUCCACCUACGCCCAGGGUCCCACCGUGGCGCCCAGUGCAACCCCUGCCACCCAGCCUGAGGGAGACCAGCAGAGUGUCUCCAAGGCCCCUACCGUGGGCUCCCGCACGAUAGCUGCAUGGCCGCACAGCGAUGCACAGGAGGGGACUGCCUCUUCCACGACCAACUCUGUAGCAGGUCACAGCAACUCCAGCGUUUUCCCCAGGGCUGCCAGCACCACCGCGUCCCAGCACAGAGAAGAACAUGCCCCCGGGCUUGUCGUUGAGCCUAGUAUCUCAGCUGCCUCCACCCCACUGGUGAGCAAGCUCCUGGGCCCCUUCCCUACCUCGUGGAACCGCAUAAGCUCGCCUCAGCCCAGCCAGAGGACAUACACCACACCCCAAGCCCCCAACCCGAGUCCUUCUGAGGGCGGGAUUCCAGUCUUGCUGCUGGACGACUACAGUGACGAGGAGGAGGGGAGGAAAGAGGAGGUGGGAAUGCCUCACCAGGACGUCCCCUGUGAUUACCAUCCCUGCAAGCACCUACAGACCCCGUGCGCUGAGCUGCAGAGGCGGUCGCGGUGCCGUUGCCCCGGCCUCAGCGGGGAAGACACCAUCCCAGACCCGCCCAGGCUGCAGGGGGUGACGGAGACCACGGACACGUCGGCGCUGGUCCACUGGUGUGCCCCCAACUCGGUAGUGCACGGGUACCAGAUCCGCUACUCUGCUGAGGGCUGGGCGGGGAACCAGUCGGUGGUGGGCGUCAUCUACAGCACGGCCCGGCAGCACCCUCUGUACGGGCUGUCGCCGGGCACCACCUACCGCGUGUGCGUGCUGGCGGCCAACAGGGCAGGUCUGAGCCAGCCGCGGUCCUCGGGCUGGAGGAGCCCGUGCGCCGCCUUCACCACCAAGCCCAGCUUCGCGCUCCUGCUCUCCGGGCUGUGCGCAGCCAGCGGCCUGCUGUUCGCCAGCACCUUGGUGCUGUCUGCGUGUCUCUGCAGGCGGGGCCAGACACUACGCCUGCAGCGCUGCGACACGCACCUUGUGGCCUGCAAAAACCCGGCCUUUGAUUACCCGCUGGAGCUCCAGACCGUCAGUUAGCCCAGCGUCUGGGCAAACACCUCUAACCGAACUGGAUCUGAGCGCAGGUCAAAAAUGACCCCAUCUGCUCCUAGGGUUUCUAAUUCCCGUGAAGCCAGAAUGCCUUGGGCACACAUGGAACUUGCCACACUGAGUGUCUCAGUCCAAGGCACAACUGCCCUCCCUUCCUUCUACUUUACUCUCUGUUCCCAGAAACCUGAUGGUCAAUGCCAGAUCGCUCCCCACUGCCACCAGGCCUUCUUGUGUGGUGUUUCCUUUGGGGUUUUCAGCAGCCAGUGCCCUUCUAUCCAGUAGAAUAGUGUAUGGAAGUAGGAAGGGAUGAAACAGGGAAAUUGCAUAACCCAGCCUCUUUGAUCGUUAGAAAUCACAUCCUCAGGUCUUUCCAGUGGAAGCUCCUUCAUGGUCAAGCUCUAAGGCAUGAUGAGCUCUGUUAUUCAAGAAAUCAGUUCCAGUGGAUUUCCAGUUCCAAUUCCUGAGAACCGGGGUUAGGGGGAGAGCUAAUUAAUGGUUGCUUCGUAAGGGCUUCUGGGUUUAUUAGUUCCAUCUCAGGACAUGACAAGAAAAUAUACUUCCAACUUUACAGUUAAAACCAGUUUUCUGGGAACAUUUGUCAAACGUAGGGAAAAGCUGUCCUUUUAAGUUCGUCUUUACUGUAUUUCACCUAAGACUAAGUGGACAAAUGAAUUAUCAAUUCAUUUUUUAGGAAGCAUAAUAAACUUUAAAAAUCUUUUUUCUUAAUUAGAGGGAAGAAAUGAGCUAAAGAGAACCCAAGACUCUAGCUAGAAGCCCAAGUGUUUCUCUGCCCUAAUUGCAUCAAACAAUGCCUUAAAAUCUGUGUCUUCAUGUGGGAGGCAUCUACUCUGUCCUCUACUUUUUCACUUUUAUACAAACUCAGGGGAAACUCGGGGGAAAAAAUGAUUCUAUGAAAUUAUAAUUAGAGCCAUAUUUCUAGAUUUUAAUUUUCAACAUUAGCAUUUAUUAAUUUCCUGCAGGUGCUGUAACAAGUUAGUAAAACUGGCUUAAAAGAACAUAAAUUUAUUUUCCUACAGUUCAGGUCAGAAAUCCCAAAUCAAAGCAUCAGUGGGGUUGGUUCUUCUUGCAGGCUCCAAGGGAGUUGUUCCAUCUCCUCUCCCAGCUUUGGAUGGUUGGCAGCAAUCCUUAGUAUUCCUUAGCUUGCAGACAUCAUUCCAAUCUAUCCCUCCAUCAUCUCACGGCAUUCUCUGUCUCUCUGUUCACAUUUCCUUUUUUUUUUUUUUUACAAAAAAAACCUGGUUAUUGCGUUAAGGCCCACUGUAAUCCAGUAUGACCUAAUUCUAACUUGAUUGCAUCUAAAAAGACCCUAUUUCCAAAUAAGGUCACAUGUACAGUACUGGGGGUUUGAACGUGAACAUAUCUUCCUUGGAAGAUGCAAUUCAACCCACAAGAGCAUUUACUUCUACUGUAAGAAGAAAACAAAUCAAGUUUAAAUCCCAUGUAUCUUUUGUUUCCAAACCAUGCUGCAGAAACUAAAACUGAAUUGCACUAUAUAUUUCUAGGUGUUUGAAGUUUUGAAAGAGCUUCCCAAAAUUUUAAGGUAGAUCCCUAGUUUCAUCAUAAAUGUAACUAAGAGAAUUGGACUAAAUGAUUUCAAAGAUCUCCACCAGCUCCUGGUUAAAAACUGCAAAGCUAUGAUGUGUGUGCUUGUAAAAACACACACACACACACACACACAAAACUGCAAAGCACGGUUGGUGUGCACCUAUAAUCCCAGCUACUUGGGAAGCUGAGGUGAAAGGGUCACUUGGGCUCAGGAAUGAGGCCCCAACUAAAAUGCAUUGCAAAAGCAUUUAGUAUAAAAUCUAAUUAGUAUAAAAUCCCCAGACAUGUACUUAAAUGACACUAAUGCUUUAUUUUUAAGCUUACUGUCAAGGUUAAGCCUAUUCUGUGAAGACACUGAAAUGAAUUUUCAUCAUGUUUUGAGUCUAUAAACAAGUAUGUACUCAGACAUGUCUAAAUACAAUUCCAAUAUUUUAUAAACUGGCAGAAUUGAUGUGUUUUAUAACAAUUCAGUAUCCAAAAGCCUGAGGAGACCUGGAUCAUUCUUCUAAGGGUUGAAGUGGAAAAAGUUUAUUAACGAGAGCCAGCUUGAGACCUUAAUAAUAAAAAGAUUAUGGGUCCAAGCCCUAAGUCAUUCCAAAUGGCAUCAACAUUAAACCAUAAAUAAGCAUAACAAGGUGCAAAGUUCUAAAUUUUCCCAUAGCUACUUCAAGUCCUCCCUUUUUUAAACAUUAUUCUUAUGUGGCUCACCCAUUACUAAUGCAGAGACUCACUCAGUGUGCCUCUUGGGUGGUUCAGCAGUGGGAAGUCCACCUUCAGCCUUAUUACUCCUAACAAUGAAGCUGUUCUCCAGAGAGCAAGAAUAGCCAGCCACAUGCCCCCUUCUCUGCCUUUUCAACCCCCUCCAUCUGAUUCAAUGGUGUUGUCCCUGGCUGCAGGCUUCAGUAUGCUCCAAGCCAAGCGCAGCUCAGCCACCGGUCUGAGAACAAAGAAGCCAGGACCAGCAAGCCACAGAGGGACACGCUGGUGCAGAAUGCCUGGCCAAGAGGCAUGAGUUUUACUUACAGCCUCCCAUUCUAAUUUAAUGCAGCUCAAUAGGCUGAGAAUGGAUAAUCUCACUGCAGUAUUCCGUAAUAGGCUUGCAUUAAAACCAGGGACAAUGGGCAGCAAUAGGCCUCUACUGUUAAGCAGCAACAACCAGUUACCCCUGGACUGUCUUCUCCCAUUCCCCAUAUCCCACAUUCUCCUAAAUAUGAUGUAUUUGUAGCAAGACUCUUUUAAAAUCAGAUGGUCAGACUAAUUAUUUUUACAAUUUAAGUGUAAGUGAUGUACAUGAAUGGACUUUGUGAAUUGGAAAACUUACGUAACAGCGGAGAAUAAGUAUGUUAUGUGGAA